UUGUGUGCCGCUGCUCUAUGCGUGGAAUUGGUAAUCAGCCUUUGGAUCUGGCGUGCACACUUACCAUCCCCAAAAGUGGCUUGGGAAUUCUCCCCGAUUUUUGUGGGAAAGGAAAUCAACCUGAUUCUGCUGAAGUGGAAAUAACUUCAUUGACAGCGCUGGCGCUAAGUUCACCUUCCGCGACCCCCGAUCACGGCAUCCUCAAGAAGAUGAGGUACUACCCUUCCCAUAGGACUUCACGCAGCCUGAGGUCGGCGCGGACGGUGCGUUUUCCAAACGACGUGCUUUUUCUGGAUCAUAUCCGACAGGGUGACCUGGAGCAAGUCGGGAGGUUUAUACGAGCUCGCAAGGUGACGUUGGAUACAAUCUACUUAACAGGCAUGGGCGCUAUUCAUGAAGCGGUCCUCUCGGGGAAUCUAGAGUGCGUGAAGCUGCUAGUGAAAUAUGGAGCGGACAUAGAACAGAGGGAUGAAAACGGCUGGACCCCCUUGCACAUGGCAUGUAGUGAUGCACAUCCGCACAUUGCCAGGUAUCUACUGUCUCUUGGAGCAGAGAAAGACGUUGUGAACAGCGAGGGAGAGAAACCAUGUGAACUGAUAGACUCUGACUGUGAGGAGCUCGUGCAAAUCUUCUCGACAAAUGAGGGCAAAUGAUGGACGUCUGAACUGUAGGCUAGCAGAGUGGCCAUUUUUAACCUUUUUUGAUUCGUUGAGGUGAGAGAACGCAGACUCCAGAGAUUUCUAACUGAGCUCUCACCUUCUCAAAUUGUCUCAUGCCUGAGGAGUUUCCUGUCCAGCUCCAGUCACACAAAUACUGGAAGGACAGGACGGUGACAGAUCAACGCUAAUCCUUACUGCCAAAUAGAAAACUUGUUUGGAUUCCCUCUGGAGGCAUGGUGACCAUCUGUGGACUCUUCACUGGUAUGAAGGAGGCUCUUUCUGAAGGUGCUAGAAAACGAGACAGAUGACAUCGCUCCUCCUUGUGUACAGGGAUGUUUGUGCAUUGUGUCUUGGAAUGUACAUACAUUUAUAUAUAACCUUGUGUUUAAAUAAUCUGGGACUUCAUGUUAAAAGAACAGGGUCGGCCAUGUGUAGAAUAUCUGCAGAGAAGCCUUGGGAAACUUAAGCUGGCCACAGACAGGAAGGUAACGCUAACAGUCCAUCUGGGAUGGAGCAACCAGAGAGAUUACCUUAACGUCUAUGGUGGGGAUCCAAGUGAUUCAGAGCCAGAGAUCCGGUCAUGUGUGGGUCAAAGCAAUCAUUACAGUUGGGACAACCUUCUAUGGACAAAAUUGUCCCAAUCCUGAUCAAAUAUCCGGCCUUGCGAUGUUACUGGACGAACUGUCCGAUACCAAAUACCAGAUGUAAACCUUUCCAUAUUCCCUCUACAUUUUUAUAGGUCAAAAAGAGGUAUCGGUGGACACCCCACUGUCCUGAUACUGCAGAGGUCCCAAUAACCAUUCUCAUUGCUCUCACUCCUAUAAUGGAACGUGACCAAACAUUAACAGCCACUGUGGUACAAAACCUCCUCAUUCUCAAGAACUGUAGGGGUCACGGCAGCUGAAACGCCAGAAUGAGGCUAGUUUCACACGAGCGCUAAAAUCUUACGGCACGCUGUUCUGGCAGAGGAACAUCCUGCUGGAGUUUAUCGUAUCUGGCACAGCCAGAUACUGACGGAAACAGUCUGGAACCCCACCAAGUCCCCUUAUAGUCAAUGGGGCCUAGCAGUGCUCCGGCCCUUUCCGGCAAUGAACUCCAACUAGCUGCUGGAAGAUUUUAGCGCUAGGGUGAAACUAGCCCAAGGCCCCCCAUAUACAUUAGAUUAUUACAUAUGUAAUGCAUAUGGGGACCUCCCAACUGCACGACAGAUGAUGUUAGGGGAAAGAAGGUUUUUUCAAGUUGAAUUUUAACACCACAGCCUUUUCUUCUGGCAGGAGGUAAGUAGCCGCCAGAGGUGUCUUGCAGCGACUUUCUCCUCUCGUCACUGAAAACUUGUGUAUGCUUGGCCAAAUCAAGCACGCAUAUGCUGAAAAUGUCUCUGGAUUCACACUGAUGGUAAAUGACUCAACUGAAGGACAAAUGCAGGUUUUUAUAAGUUGUUGCAGGUAGCGAAAGUGACAAAAUGACCCAAUUUGUACUCACUAUGCCAACUUUCUACAUAUACUACAUAAAAUGCUUAUCAUAGCUUAUCAUAGAGUUAAUAGCAGUAUUCCUAAUAAUCUUUUGUGGUCUACAGUGGUUUAAGGGUUAAUACUUAAAGUGGUUUUGAGAGCUUGUAAAAAAAACUGAAAAGUACCUAUAUGUCCCUGAAUCAUUACUAGGUGAUGCCACCGUAGCUCAGAAAUGGUUACUUUCAAUGUUCAUAAUUUUUACCUGUUCUGCACUUUUGUUAUGAUGCCACUAUGGUUUGCUGUGGGCAGGAUUACCAAUGUCAAGGAGUGCAGUUCUCAUGAUUCUGAUUCCUUCCCUCCUCACUGAGGUUGCCCCUAUUUACAGCUGCCUGCAUGCCCCUAUAUUACAAUCUGCUCUGUCAUUCUGUUGCACAUUGAAUCAGCAUCAUCUGUUGCCCAGUAUGUGAAACACAAUCCCUCCAGAGACAGAGGUAGGGAGGGGGAAAAGCUAGGGAGCAGUGGAGACAAAAGUCACACAGUGUGUGACCUCUGUGUGUCUGGUGGAGAAGAGGGAAGAUGACCGUAUGUUUAAUGUAAGGGACGUCAUGUAAAUGCAAGGAAGGCUGACUUACAGAAACAUCUCAUCUACAGACAGUACGGCACUGUGCCGUGUUAUUCAAUGGAGGCAGCUGGAGUACCUCUGGUGUACCAGAUGGGAGGGUCACGCGGGCAGCUGGGAUAGUGCUUUAGAAAUGAAGACAUCAGACCUGAUCUCCUGAUAACAUUAUAUUACAAAGCAACUUAUAUUGCUGUUUCUCCAAAAGGAAUCUGUCACCAGCGGCCUCCCUAUCCAACUUUUUCCAUAGACAGCUAUGUGUUGGUUCACCUGAUUAAAACACUGCUUUCCUUUUGUUUAUCUGAAGCUCCAUUCCCGAGUUAUGAUACUUUUUCUUAAUAUGCAAAUUAGGUGUUGGUGCAAUGUGGGCACCACCUUUGCUCUUGUGGCAUCCAAGCGCCUCCCCUUUCUGUGGCCAGCCCCUUUCUUGCUGUUUUGAUUGACAGGGAGGAAGGGUCUGGCCACAGAAAGGAGUGGAGUUUGGGUUCAACAAGAGCAAAGGUGACACCCUCGUUGCACCACAGGCCUAAUCUGUAAAUUGAGAAAAAGUAUCAUAGCUCGGGAACGGAGCUGCAGAUCAACACAAGAAAAACAGCGUUUUAAACCGUUGAACCACAGCUAUGUGUCUAUGCAAACAGCUGGAUAGGGAUGUCGCUAGUGACAGAUUCCCUUUAAGCUAACGCGUUAUGGCACCUAGUAUAUGACAGCUGCUCCUCUGAGGACAUAUUCUGCAUGCUUGCCUCUUCUUUUCCACCGCAUUGCGAGGCUGGAAUUCUCUUACCCUAGGCGUUCCACCACACCCAUGCUACAGGAAGUUUAGAUUCAGAACCUGCCACAAAGUAGGCAAGGAACGGUCCACGAUUUGGUAGAACACUACUAUAAGGUGCUCUGGAGGAGAAGAUAGAGCUCAAUGUCAAUGUGAAGUGGAACUAGCUCAUCAGUCGGUGGGUGAGGGUCACUUACUACUACAGUUUAUGUCUGUGUGCUUUUUUGGAAAGUGCAUUGCUCUAACAUGCUAUUUUGUAGCCAGACUUUGUAAGUAAUGAAAAACCCAAAAGCUGGAAAAAAGUUAUUCUGUUUCGUUACAAAUAUUUCAUUUUUCUUUGAAUAAACCUGCUUAUGUGUG